AUGUCUCAGGCUCAGACUAUUUUUAGCAGAAUUCGCGGUCCGUUCUGCAAAUUAAGUCAAUAUAGUCUUCCAUUGUCUUCUUCUGCUUCAGCAAUUGAGACAGAAAACCUGAAAGUCGCGCUUAAAGAAGCAAAGGAUGCUUUAGCACAGAUUUUAAAUGACCCAAACCAAAAGUUAUCCCCUAAUUUAUGUGAUUAUUUAUUUUUUCCUGUAGCUCCGGUUCUUAAAUCUUGGAGCCGUGUUCCUAGCACCGGUCUUGAGCACGCUUUAGAGUGCAUUCUAUUGAUAUACAAUCAUGGGUGGAAACACAUUCAUAAUGAAAUUCUCACCCUUCAACUCAUUUUGCUGAUUAUGAAUAUUGCAGAUGGCUGGAAAUCUCCGUCUGACCAUUCACGUCAAGAUGCUUAUGUACAAGAAACUGCCCUGGAGGUACUAAAGGAUUUAAUAGUCGACUUUCGUCCUAGGAUGGAGGAUCAAAGACAAUAUCUACUAUUUGCUAGAUGUUUUUCUUAUACUUUGGAUUUGUUUUCUAAGAGCAAUAGUUCUGUGAGAUUACAAAAAGCAACUCUCGAGUGCAUGGACGCUUUACUACAUCUGCCAGUUUCUCUUGAAGUAUUAACUACCUUUCUCCCUGGAAUUGUCUCUGGUUUGACAAAAGGACUCAGUCCAAAAGGUCCGUGUCGCUAUUUUCAAUGUGUUUCCAGGGCUUUGCAGGUUUUGGAUUAUACCCUAGUUACAAUUGUUGGGGAUAGUGUCACAAAAGAUCUGCCGGAAGUCAAAGAGUCUCUUGAUUCCUCUAGUUUCAUAGGAGUCACGAAAAGAACUGCGGCUUGGAAACGAGCCAGCUGUCAACAAAUUAGCACUGCUGUUAAAACGAUUUUGCAUCAUCGUUCAUCCCAAAACUUGCAUUUACAGACAUCCCUCUUCCAUUUUUGCUUUUCGCUAUUUACAAAUUGUCUAGACUCACUAAAGGAUUGUCGCAUCCAUUUGCUGGAAACCAUGCUUCUGUUGGUAAACAAAAAAGAAAAUCCACAACUUGCUAGUACUGGCAUAAAAAUGGUAUCAGAUUAUAUUUCUUCUCAAAAUAAUACAUUAGUAAUGGAAAACGUUCUUUCCUAUUGCUUGCAAUCAUGGUCAUCUACCUGGUCUGGUGUAUCGAAUCUUGCUUCAGAGGAUGUGAAGUUGGAAAAACUAAAGCAAUUACGAUGCCUUUUAACAUUAUCUGAGCAGAUUCCCAGUGUCUUACAAUCGACCGAGUCACUUUUGGGAGAUAUUCUGAGUCAGCUUAGCCCAAAUGCUUCAGGUAUUGAAACAAACUAUCGAAAGGUACUUACAUCGACUUCUUCGGGAAAGAAUGUAAUCGACGGAUAUUUUUUCGGGGGCAAUGAAAUGGAACAAGUUAUCAAAUACAUUGUGCUUCAAUUUGCCGACUCUCCUCAAGCCAAAUAUCUUUUGCAAUCAUUGUUUUUGAAAUCUACUUCAGUUGUGAAUCAGCCCUCCCUAACGGCGUUGUGGGCUGGUUUGCACAUUAUAAAGCAUACUAAAUUUGGGAACGUGAAGGGAUUAUUUUUGGAGUCUUAUGAGCAAAAAUCACUAGAAAUUAUACAGGAUAUCUCACAGUUGAAUAGUUUUCACGGAAGAAAUUUGAAGGAAGAAAAACAAAAGAAAUAUUUUGGUAUACUCUGUACUCGAGCUUGUAUUGCAAUGGAUUGUAUUAGUUGGAUAGCCGCGGAACAAGGAAAAAGUUUCCGCCCAAAGCUUAUGAGCGUAUUUUAUCCUAUUUUAGAACAUUUGGCGUUUGCUUCUCCUUUUGUGUCUACUUUUGCUGAAGCUUGCAUAGAAUCCAUGGUUCAUAACUGCGAAUAUGCGUCAGCUGCGGAAAUGCUACGGGAGAACAUUGAUUACGUUAUAAACUCUGUGGCAUUAAAGCUGAAUACAUUGGAAAUUACACCUCAGCUUCCUUUGGUGAUGGCUUAUGUUAUAAAAAAUGAUGACGGUAGCGGCGUACAAUAUAUCGGGGACGUUAUUGAGUCUAUCUUUACGAUUUUGGACAAUUAUCACGGGUACACAAGACUUACAGAAGGGCUUUUGGGAAUCCUGUAUGAAAUUAUGAAACAACAAAGUGUACAGUCUCGUGAAAAGAAACGAUACUUGAAGGGUGAAGCGUCGAAUGAAAUUACGGAGAAAGAGGACCAAGGAUUAAUAUCGAAGGAUAUUCAAAAAUUUUUGGAAGCUUGCCAACAAAACCCAAAUUACCCCUCUCCGCCGACGGAGGAAGUAAUGGGUGCAGAAAUAAAAUCGACGGAAGACGGACAGGAAGGUUUCAAAAUGCAUUUGGAAAGAGAAGCAGAGAAACAAAGUCUGGAAAAGGGCGAAAACGAAGAACUCAUGGAGCAGACUAAAGGUGAGGAUGAUGAAAAGAAGGGUAGUACCGGAAUGGUCAAAAUGGUCCAACAAAUAGCAGAAAAAGCCCAACUUUUUUUGAGCCAUCAGCAAAUAACGAUUCGAGUUCAGAUGAUACGGCUUUUGGGUUACGCAUGUCAAGUACUUGUUGAAGACCCGGAUACGUUUUACCCGACUAUUCACACAUGCUGGCCAUUGCUCAUUACGCAACUCACUACAGGUGAACCAGUGUUGACAGAAUUGGCAUUAGGAAGCAUUGCACAAAUGUGUACAUUGGCACAUGAGUUUAUGGGAUCGCGCAUUAGAAAGGACUUGAUUCCGAGAUUGAAGACGCUGGUGAAAGAGAAUGUGUUGUGGGAACAGGCGUCUCCUUUCUCGACAGAGCAUCAUUUGCAAAGAUCCAUAGCGUACGUGGGACUUGCAUGCAUGGAAAGCCGGCAGAGUUUGUCGGUGUAUCUGGACUUUUUGGAUCUUGUUGCGCCAAUCUUGCGUUGUUUAGAAAAGAUGGCACAGACCAAUCGCGAAGAUAAAGAAUUCGUGGAAUCAGUAUGGAAUGCGUUUUCAAGACAAAAUGCCGAUGCAGUGUAUUAUGAGCGAGAAGUGGUGAAACACAAACAAGAGCUGUUGGAACCGGGAAGUUUGAAAAUGGGCAUACAAGACAAGCCAAAGCGACGACCACUGAUGUACAGUGGAUCUGGGCAAGAUACACUGGAGCCAAAUGAGAAAGCAUCUAAACCAAGUCUUUUGGAGGAACUGCGUACACAAACUACGGCAACGACUGGGCAUGAAAACCAGCAAGGGGAAGAAGAAGCUGGGGAAAACACAGGCAAGGAAGAUUCGUUACCCUCACUUGACCAUUUGCUAGAUGGUCAGCUGACGGAAGGUCCUCAAUCCAAGAAAACCAAGAAACCAUUGAUUUCAAUGUUGUAA